UAUAAAUGUGGGUGUAAGCAGCAAAUAUAAUUAAGCAAUUUCAAGGUUGCAGUUUAGUACUUGGGUUACUAGACUUACUAAAAGCGUUGAUUGUUUUCAUAAAUACUCAUGCUAUUCACAAGGAAGGGAUUAGAACUAUAGUGAAUACAUAGCUUGUAAAAAGAAAAACAGUUCACAAUAUCUAUUUCAAAAUGGCAACUUCUGACAGUUCAGUUCAUAAAAGUUCAGAUUUAGUGAAGGACUAUGUUUGUGGCCCUUGCGAAAGUAAAACUUUUGAAGAAAGUGCUGAUUAUUUUUGUACAACGUGUAUGAAGUUUUUCUGCAGAAAAUGCAUUAAUCUACAUGAUCAGUUAUAUGCAAAUCAUUCCAAACAUGGGAGAGAAGAAACAAAUAAAUGGCCUCUGACAAAGGCAGUGGAGGAUUUACUACUGAAAUGUGAUGUCCACAAGAAUGAAGGACUGAAAAUGUUUUGCCAGGACCACAGUCAGCUUUGUUGCUCUGAUUGUGCUUUUCUGAAUCACAGACAGUGUGCCAGUGUUUCUCUAAUUUGUGACUUGGUCAAAAAGAUGUCCUUGGAUAUGCAACAGUUGAAAAUCAACCUUCGAACUAUUUUAGAUGAACUAAAUAAGUUUAAGAGUAUACAAGAGGCAAGCAUUCAGUCUGUGGAUGUUUCAUAGAGUGAAAAACUUAACGAAAUCAGAGACAUGCGCAAGAAAUUAAAUGCUGCUUUGGAUGAACUAGAAAAAACAACUUUGAAAGAACUGGACGAAAUAAGGACCACAUUGCAAACUGCUCUCAAGGAAGAUGUUGAAAACUGCAGCAGACUAAAGGAUGAACUAAAACAACUCAGUAAUGCUGUAAAUGUGCUUUGUGAUAAGAGCAACAAAGAAAUUGAGUUCAUAGCUAGCAGAAAAUGUCUUGAGAAAAUAAAAGAGUCUGAGUCAUAUCUGAAGAAAAAAUCUGUGAAGGUGCAGAGUUCAAUAAUAUUCACAGCAAACAGUAACAUCGAUAAAUACCUGUCUCAACAGUCUAGUCUAGGAAGGAUUGUAGACAGUAUGCAGUCUCUCAAGAUGAGUCCAGACCAAGUGAUGACAGUGAGGAGGAAAUCUGAGUUCAUUAUUAGAAUAUCAAGUGACACAAGUUACUUAUGCAAUAUCACUGGCAUUUGCUGCCUUCCUAAUGGUCAGGUCAUUGUCGUAGAUUUCAAUAAUAAGAAAGUGAAGUUGUUGGACCGGCAUUACAAUGUGUCCAGUCAUUGUGAUGUGCCUGGUAAUCCAUGGGACAUUUGCCAAAUCACAUCCAGUGAGGUUGCUGUAACUUAUGAUAAAAAUGUACAGUUUAUCUCUGUGCGCAAUUGGAAGCUGAAGAAGGGAAGGAAGUUUCUGUUACCACAUGAUGCUUUUGGCAUUGCCUACCAUGAAGGAGCAUUGUAUGUCACCUCAAGCAUUGUCCUGUACCAAUACGCCCUGUCUGGAUCACUUGUUAAAAAGAUUUACGAGGAUGCAAGUAGCUAUUGUUCAGUGUGGAAAUGUGCAGUGAGUCCUGCUGGGGACAGGAUCUAUGUGCUCAACAACACGCAGCACAAGGUCAUCACUCUGGCUAUAGAUGGCACCCUGAUAUCCACCUUUGUCCCUGCAUUACUAUCUCCAUUUGAUGUACCUGAAUUACAAUCUCCAUAUGGUGUUCAUGUCACAUCAUCAGGACACGUCCUUGUUUGUGGAUUCGGCUCCAAAAAUGUCAUACAGUUGGAUACUGAAGGAAGAAAGAAACUAGCAACACUGGUAUCACUGACAGAUACAAUGUGCGGCCCAAUGUCUGUCUGCUACAACAUGAACACUCACCAGAUCAUUGUUGGACUCGAUAAAAACAAUCAAAUCAAUGUUAUGGAAUUGCAAUAGCUAUUUCAGUGGGGAAAUUGUUUUAUUAUAAACGCGGUUAAACAUGUUAUUUCUUUUUUUUUCGGCACAUUAAAUCAUGGAAGUGUAUCUUUACUAACAAUUAAUUUAAGUUCAAUUUAAAAAUGAGUUGAUUUAAUUGUUUAAAGAAUGUAGAAAACAAUGAUGUAUGACAAAUAUAUAUAUACUAUUGAUGCUGAUAAGUUUCUUUAAGUUCCUUUGUAUUGCUUAGGCCAACAAUACAAAUAUCUUUGUUCGCCUAUGCCUACCACACCUACUAUGAAAUUGUCCCAUCUGAAAAAAGGUUUAGGGUAAACUUAAAUCGCUUUUUAAGAAUAAACUUUAAUUUAUUACAUGUAUUUAUUAAACAAAACAUCAAGAAGACCAAAAGCCCAAGUGGACAAAGUAAGCAUACACUGUUUACAAUUAAAAUAGAUUAUGAUUAUACAAAGUAACAAUACGUUUCAGUACAACAAUACAUACAUGUGUCAUUAAAUAUUAGACUAUUAUAUUUAUAACUGUUGAUAGUAUAUAUGUAAUUAAAUAAUGUCAAAUUGUAAUGGAGCUAAUUAAUUACAACAAUAUAUCGAAAUAUACUGUACUGUACAUAUAUUAGGUCUUCAUAUGACAGUUCUUAUAAUAAUAAUACCCUGUAGUAACACAAAGUAACCACAAUGGGUUCAUGAGGCCCAUGCGUAUGAUACUAGUAUUUAAAUAGCAGUAUAACCAUGUUUGAGAGUAAUAGAACAUUCUUGAGACUUAUAGAAAAGUAGAAUUGUUUGUCGUAUAUUAAGCCAUCUUACAGUUAGCUGUACUAAAAUACAUGUUAAUUAAGGCUCAUGAAUUUAACAUUAGCAUGAGCAUUAAUCUUUGUUUUCAUCCUACAUGAAACGAUAAUACAGGCAUCCUAAAGGCUCUGAUCACAUAACAAUAUUUUAUGAAACUGUUUUUUGUCUGUAGCGCAAUAAACACGCAAAACAAAAAUAUAUUGAAAUGAUGACGUGUGAUUCUAAUUUACAAUCGUUUCAUAAAGACCACGUCUUAAGACCAAAGAGGGUCUAAAUGUCAUUAAUAGGCUAUAUAAAAUAUGAAAUAAUAACAUAGACACUCUAAAGGCUCUCGUCACAUAACACUAUUUAAUUUAACUGAUUUUGUCUGUAGCGAAACAAACACAAAAAAGAUAAUCUAUUGAAAUGACGACGUUUGAUAUUACUGAACAAUCAGUUCAAAGACCACUUCUUUAAUCAAAGCUGUCCAAAUGUCAUGUAAUAUGCUGUAUACAAAUAUAGCAGUUAUGAGAACAGUGGUUAUAUCUGACAUAACAGCUGUAUUUCAGUGCCUGAAAAUUCUUAGAAUACAGCCAUAGUCUUGUAGAAGAAAUUUAGAAACUGACAAGAUACUGUAAUAUUGCUUUAAUAGAAAAGAUAAACAUUGGUAAUUUAUUAAUGAAGUUCAAAUAUAGUUUUGAGAGUAAAUUAGCAAAGACUGUUUAACACCUACACAUGUUAAACACGGAAUCUCCUAUACAUAAAAAAACUUGCGUACAUCUACACAUGUACCCAUAACCUGCAACCCUGGGUAGGCAAAUAGAAAACACACUUUUGUUUAAGAUUAGCCUUAGGUGUUGUUUUGUACUUAACAAAUGGUUGUAACGAGACAAAUGUUAUAAUCAAUAUAUAGUAAUACAUGUGGCGGAAUUAUGUUUAAUAUGUAUUUUGAUGUAUUAAUAUUUGUUUUAUUUGAAUAGUCUCUGUUUGUCCUUGUUUAAAAUUAAACUAAUGUUAUUUUAAUGUGUACUUUUCAUUUGGAUGUCGUUGAUGGUGUAUUAGAGUCCUUAUACUACAACAUUUUGUUUGAAAAGAA